AUGGAUUCUGUGCUUGGUAAUUUGCCAUCUUAUAACCCUCACAAUUUCAGUCAGAUUCGACCUUCAGAUCCUUCUAGUUCGUCUAAGACACCACCUACUUACCAUCCUACUCACAGCAGGACCCUUCCACCGCCCGAUCAAGUGAUAAAAACUGAAGCCAAAAAUAUCCUCCUAAGGCACAUUUAUCAACAUGCUCGGGAAAAGUUGAAACCAAAAAGAGCUGCAGCUGGUAACCUCUUACCGGAGCACGGGUGCAAGCAACCUAGGGUUUCCACUUGA